AUGGGGCUUCCUGUUCUUAAAGUGAAGCAAGAUGUUCCUACAAGAUGGAAUUCUUGUCUAGUAAUGCUGGAAAGAUUAUUGGUGAUAAAAGAUUCCUUGAGUAUUACUAUUACCAGUAUUUCCAGUGCUCCAGAAUUUUUAGAUGCUCAAGAAUGGACUAUAAUAAAAGAUUUAAUUCCUAUUUUGAAGCCAGUGGAGGUUAUCACCACAAUCCUAUCUGGCGAAAAGUACCCUACAAUGUCUUCAAUAAUACCACUCAUAAGAGGAUUGCAGCAUGCGCUAGUACGUUUCAGUACUGAAAAUGAGGUCUGCACUCUUUUAAAAAAUGAUUUAGUAGAUAUUAUUUCACGUCGUCUUGGAAUUCUUGAAGUAAAUAAGACUGUCGCGAAGUGUUCAUUUUUGGACCCAAGGUUCAAAAAGUUGGGAUUCGGGAACGAAACGAAUUCUUCUAAUGCUCAGAAAUGGGUGUUUGAAGAACUGGUCCAACUGAUAAGAAAGAAAAAUGAACUAAAUAUAAAUGACUUGGAGGAAAAUAGACAGGAAGAUGACUUAAGUAAUCAAAAUCCAUCCAAAGACAAUGAUUUCGGAGUUUGGUUAAAUUUUGACACAAGGUUUUUGAAGAAGAAAAAAGAACCUACAACUGAAGUAGCAAGUACAUCAGCCGUUAGUUCUUCCGAGAAUACAGAUAGUAUGACUUCGUCUGAAGAAAUUCCUAGCACGCCUCAGGUGGAGAAAAAGAGGAAAAAACACUACAAACAAAAAUUUAGAUCAGAGUGGAUACGAAUCUAUCCUUGGUUAGAAGAAAAAAAACAACAAUCAUUCUGUAAAGCUUGCUCAAGAUUUAUUGCUGGAGGUUUUAAACAUUUAGGACGACAUGCAUCAUCCCAGACUCAUGAAAAAAACAUCAUAAAAGCAAAAAAGACACCAACCAUUGAAAAUUACUGUGAAAAUAAUGAUGUUUUAAAGAGUGUACGUAGAGCAGAAUUGAAACUAACUAUGUUUAUCCAUGAGCACAAUUUGCCAUUUAUCCUUAUGGAUCAUUUAAUAUUAUUACUAUCUGUCAUAUGUCCCGAUUCUACAAUCGCAAAAGAACUAAAAUGUGCUAGGACAAAGGCGACAAAUCUUACUCGAUGUAUUGCUGAAGAACAUCAAUUUUCAAUGUCUCAGUUACUUCAAAAACAAAAAUUCUCUUUAAUUGUGGAUGAAACAACAGACAUAUCGUCACAAAAAUCACUAGUUGUUGUUGCACGAUAUUUUGACGUUUUACAAAAUAGAUCUAAAGAAGUUUUCUUGGGUUUGGUCAGGGUACUCUCAGCAGAUGCAGAAAGUCUAUUUAAAGCUAUAUGUGAUCACUUAAAACAACUUAACAUUCCUUUGGACAACAUGUUGGGAUUGGCAGCAGAUAAUGCAUCAGUAAUGAUGGGCCAUAUCUCAGGGGUCCAAGCAAGAUUUAGAACCAUAUUGCCCAAUAUUUUUAUUCUCGGAUGUGUCUGCCAUUCUUUUCACUUAUGCUCCUCAGCAGCAGCAAAAAAGUUACCAAGAACAUUGGAGGAUUUCAUAAGGUCUAUAUAUAACUACUUUGCACAUAGUAGUAAAAGAAAGGAGAAGCUGGAAGAAUUUCAGAAGUUUGUAGACUUAAAACCACCUAAAAUUUUACACCCUUGUCAGACACGUUGGUUAUCUUUGCAAGCUGCUGUCGAUAGGUUGCUAGAGAACUGGGAUGCCCUAAGACUUUUUUUUCAGAGUGAAUAUUUGGAAGAAGAUCUUCAUGCUACCAAAAGUAUUAUGGACUCUUUGGAAAAUCCAAUAUUCAAGGUAUAUUUUACUUUCCUUUCCUAUGUAUUAGAACAGGUAAAUAAACUGAAUAUAGAAUUCCAAGCUGAGAAACCAAAAUUGCAUCUGCUUUUAAAACGAACAUCUGAUUUAUAUAGAUCAAUUCUCAGGAAUUUUGUUAAAAAAAAAAUUCUAGAUAACCAACCAUUGAAUCAAAUUGAUACAAAUGAUCCAAGAUCAUUUAUUCCAUUAGAAAAUGUAUAUUUUGGUGCCAAAACAGAACUGUUACUGAGUAACCCUAAUAUUUGCAAGCAAGAUAUUCAUAACUUUAAAUUACGAGUUCUGGAAUUUUAUAUCGAACUCUCCCAACAGAUCAAAAAACGAUUCAAUUUUGAUGACCCAGUUCUCAAAUUUAUAAGUUAUGUGUUGGAUCCGCAGAUCGCCUUAUCAGGUGAGGUUGGUAGCAUUGCGUUAGAUGCUCAAAUGUUUUUCCCAAAUUUAAUUUCCGACAUAGAGAAACUCAAUUCUGAAUGGCGCCUUCUACCAGACAUUGCAGAGCUGAAGAACAUAGAUCAAAAUUCAGUUGACGAUUUCUGGUCUAAAGUUUUAAAACUAAAAAAUGCAAUGAACGAGGACAUGUUCCCACAUUUAGAAAAGCUGAUAAUAGGUAUAUGA